AUGGAUAAUCGCCGAUCAAACCGUAUUCAUAGAUUUCAAUCAAGAUUUAUUACACAAGUAGAUGAUGCUUUACCUGAUUACAUGAAUUUAAUAGGAAUGAUUUGCUCUAUGUGUUCAUUAAUGCUCAAAAUUAAAUGGUGCGCAUGGAUUGCAUUAUUUGCUGCAUUUGUCGGUUUUGCUAAUUCACGAGCUUCGGAAGAUACUAAACAAGUUCUUAGCAGUUUCAUGUAUGUAUUUUGA